CCCUCGUCAGCCAGUCUGCUCUCAGUCUCUCCGCACACACCCAGCAUCCAGCGUCCUACCAGCCGCUCUCCAUCUGCGUCUCCAGCCUCGCACACGGACAGCACCGCUUCCAGCGGCUUACUCAGACACAGCUCAGACACAGCGAGGAAAACCCAAACCGUCGUCAUCAAAGAGGGAUCAAGGAUGAGUCUGUGCCGUGUGCUGGCGUCCGCUCCCUGGCGGGUGGCCGCGCAGCGCCCCGUCGCUCUCCUCCUGCUGCUUCUCAGCGCCAGAGUCGGGGGCACACCUGCCCCGGCAGAGCCCACGCGGGCCACACCCCUCGCUGACCCGUGCGAGGGACGCCCCUGCCUCAACGGAGGCGCCUGCUCUGGCCAGCCGUCCGACCCUGAGACCACCAACCCCAUGACGGACGCUGUGGCCUACACGUGCACCUGUCCUUCCAGCUUCACCGGGCGCAACUGUGAGUUUUUCACAGACCCCUGUGCCAGCAGCCCCUGUCUCCAUGGCAACUGUAGCCGCAGUGACGAAGGGGAGGCCCACACCUGUGAGUGUGUUGAGGGCUACGAGGGGGAAAGGUGUGACCAGCCCAUCCUGGACCUGCCCGUGUCUAACUGGGAGCCAGCCAUGCCCCCUGCCCCCGACCAGGCCACACCUGCCACGCCUACCACCGCCACUCAACCACCUCAGCCAACCAGCAUCCCCUCCACCAGCCUGGCCACACCCACCCUGCAGCCGUGGGAACCCAAGGCUGGACAGAGGCUGCUGGUGGUGCCCUGGGACAAAGACCAGGUGACGGAGGGCAUGCACUGUGUAAGCCCUGAGUUAUGUGAGCUCACCUCUGGAACGCUGACUGUUUCCCUGGAGGUGCCUGAGGAGACUGCUGUCAAGGUGUCGGUGAACGUGAGUGGGGCUCCCGUGCUGUGGCGUGUGGAUGAGGAAGGGUUCCAGCGUUCCUCUGUGCUGGAGGGCACCAUCAUGUGGUUCCAGAAGGCAGCAGAUGGACUAGUGGUCCCAGACCAGUCCCUGCCUCUAGGACACAACUACUUCCUCAGUAUGCUGCGUCUGGGCUCCGACAGCAGCGAGGAGGUGACCUUGAGACUCAACUUGACCGUCAAAGCCAGCAGCUGUGUGGAGCCUGGAAGCAGGUUCAGCGACCCACAAUGCUCUGGAAAGGGAAAAUGCAUCACCCAGCCUCCAGUGAACACCUUCUUCUGUGAGUGUGAGGACAGCUAUUCUGGCAUCUUCUGUGAGGAGUUUGACGCCUGUCACCUGAGGCCCUGCCGCAACAACGCCACCUGCACCGAUCAGAGGCAGGGCGACGAGGGACGGAACUACACUUGUACCUGCCCCCCAGGGUUCGAGGGGGAGAGCUGCCAGAUGCUGGUGGACCACUGCCUGUCUGAGCCCUGCAGGAAUGGAGCUACCUGCUCCAGCAGCCUAGCAGGGCCCAGGUGCUACUGCCCUGAAGGGUAUCAGGGCAGCAUGUGUGAGCAGCGUGUGGACCCCUGUGCGUCCGGCCCGUGCCACAACAACGGCACGUGCUCUCCUGAGGGCCCCGGCCUGGGCUUCAGCUGCAGCUGUGCUGCAGGCUUCACGGGCCCCACCUGCGCUCAGCUGGUGGACUUCUGUGCCCUCAACCCCUGCGCCCACGGGGUCUGUCGCAGCGUGGGCACCAGCUACAGGUGCCUGUGUGUCCCAGGCUACCAUGGCUUGUAUUGUGAAGAGGAGUACAACGAGUGUCUCUCAGCCCCCUGCCAGAACUACGCCACCUGCAGGGACCUCAUCAACGCGUACGAGUGUGUCUGCACGGCUCAGUACGAAGGGAAGCACUGUGAGGUGUACCGAGACCCCUGUCAGAGGGUGCACUGCCAGAACGGCGGCCACUGCAAGAGUGCGGGACUCAACACCGCCUGUGUCUGUCCACCUGGAUACCUGGGGGAGAGCUGCGAGGUGGACGUCAACGAGUGCGAGAGCAACCCCUGCCACCACGGAGGCACCUGCAUCGACCAAUCCUACGGCUUCACCUGUCACUGUCCCCCAGGCUGGGUGGGGCCUAGCUGCGAGAUACACCUGCAGUGGAAGCCCACGCACCCCGAGGACUCCCUGACCAACAUGCCCCGCCACUCCCUCUACAUCAUCAUCGGGGCGCUGUGCGUGGCGUUCGUCCUCAUGCUCAUCAUCCUGAUCGUGGGGAUCUGCCGCAUCAGCCGCAUCGAAUACCAGGGCUCGUCCCGCCACGCCUACCAGGAGUUCUACAACUGCCGCAGCAUCGACAGCGAGUUCAGCAACGCCAUCGCCUCCAUCCGACACGCCAGAUUUGGGAAGAAGUCCAGGCCGGCCAUGUACGACGCCACCCCCAUCACGUACGAGGACUACAGUCCGGACGACAAACCGCUCGUCACUCUCAUCAAAACCAAAGACUUGUAAAGAUAAACACCCCAGAUGCCACGUGUGACGACCACGCGUCACAUCACAACCACACGAGGCCAUCUGUCGACUUGAGACGGCGAAUGCUAUCAUGUUCACGCGCGACCACACAUUCCAUUGCAACAACACAUUCCAUUGGGACUACAAAUCCCAUCAUGGCCUCAAACACCUUCACGAGGGCACAUGACCCACAUCAUGACAGCUCACUCUGCAUAAGCACACAUACAAGUCAGUGUUUCUACCAAUAACAAAAUAACUAAAUGUAACUACACAUAAACAAACGCAGAAGCAAGAAAAUAGCUAGAGAAUAUGUAGUUCGAAGAUAAAUUCUGCAGUUUGUCUAUUUUCCAUUUGAAAUCCGUGAGGCUACAGUAGCAUAACAGCUUACUUUACCUUUUAUUAUUCUGUGAAGAUGUGAAACAAAACAGUGUUUGUGCCGGCCAGCUGUCCAGUAUAGCUCCCUGUCCUUCUACCAACGACUGGAGGGACCUCCAGCCCUGGGACUCAGGGGCCAGUAGAGCAACCUGUCCCUCCACCUAGACACUCAGCUCACACUGCUGAUAGGGUCCUAACUGAUGUGGUAGAACGUAGGAGCACACAUGUAUCUGCUGUAGGUUGCCUUACUUGGUGCAUGGGUAGAUUCGAUGGUUUCUGCAUUAUUUUGAAACCCUCCGUAUUGUCGUUGAUUUGGUGAAUACAGUAGCUUUUAAAGGGGUUGUGCCAAACUCUUCUUCUUCAGGCAACACGUGGUGGUAGAUGGAAUGUCUAGAUCCACUAUGUAGUGGGAGCCAUUGGAACAGUGCUUUGAAAAGUAUAUAUUUCUUGUCCUAUUUUUGUCAUUGACAUGCAGGUUCUGUGUAAAUAAAGGCAGGAGUGCUCGUAUUCACAGUGUUGCGUAGCGUACCUGAGGACAGCGUUCCUCCGGGAGUGGCGAGGGGAGCUGGGAUGAUCGUGUUUGGGGGUCGCGGAGGGUCGGGGUUGGCCAGAUGGUCUGCUCCAGUGUCAGUGUGCUUGUGUGUCCCAGGUACCCAGGUGCAGGGGUGUCUUUCUGUGUGCUGUCAUGUUGUCCCUCUCAAGACCAGACCCUGGGUGAAGAGACAGCUCCGACUGAUCCUGCCUACAGGCUUAUCCUCCUCCUUUUUUUUGUUUUUUACGAAAAGAACCAUGAAUAUUAUCUAUGUUGAAUGAUGUAACAAUAAAAAUGUAGGUGAACAUUA